ACUCUUUCUCGCGAGAUCAUCAGACAUUAGCAAACAUGGCGGCCGCGAUGGAUGUGGACACCCCAAGUGGAGCUAACAGCGGAGCCAGUAAAAAGCGAUUUGAAGUGAAAAAGUGGAACGCUGUGGCUCUGUGGGCAUGGGACAUUGUAGUGGACAACUGUGCCAUCUGCAGAAAUCACAUUAUGGACCUCUGUAUUGAGUGUCAGGCCAAUCAGGCGUCUGCCACCUCAGAGGAGUGUACGGUGGCCUGGGGAGUCUGCAAUCACGCUUUUCAUUUCCACUGCAUCUCCCGCUGGCUGAAGACCAGACAAGUGUGUCCACUGGACAACAGAGAGUGGGAGUUUCAGAAGUAUGGUCAUUAGACGUGUAUCUGCAGAUCUGUGUUUGUGUUCCCUUCCAAGAUGUCCUUUCCUGAGCUCCAUCACAAUUUCUCCCUGUUGAAGACUAGCCGGUCUAAAUUGGAAUACUAGUUAUGAUUUUUUUUUUUAUUUCUGUGCUGUGUGCAGGAUUCAGUGAUGCAAAUUAUCAAUAAAUUCCCUCUAAAUCAA